AUAUUACUCGAUACAUAACACCCUUUGCUUGACUGCUGAUGUAUAAUAUACGUAUACCAUAUUUUGAAUGAAUUUAGGGGAAAACUUGUUUCUGUUUGUCUGAAUUUGAACGAUUGAGUGGCACUAAGAAAUGGAUUCUGAUCAUACCAUCUCAUGCAACCUUAUAACUGACGAAAUCUUCAUCGCCGACGAUGUAGAUGCUGAUGUCGAUGAUUUACUAGAUAUCCCUGAUAGAUACGACGGUGUAACUAGGAGGAAGUCAUCAAUGUUAGAAGAGGGUACGAGAAGGCGAUCGUCUGCUUUGGAAGCUAAAGGAUUCCCAACGAUCACUGAACCGAAGAAUGAUGGUGGCAGUGAUACCUAUGAGAAGAAAAGGGAGAGGGUAAAGCGGGUCUUUGGUUUCCCCAUAUCGAUCCCUUUCAUCAUCUCUAAUGAGUUUUGUGAACGCUUCUCUUACUACGGAAUGAGAACAAUUUUGACGAUAUACUUUACAAAGAAGCUCUCUAUGUCUGACGAGACGGCCACUCUUUGGUUUCACGAAUUUGCAGCCUUAUGUUAUGCCACACCCCUUCUUGGUGCCAUCAUUGCUGAUGUUUUCAUAGGAAAGUUCAUGACAAUUCUGAUCAUGUCAACAGUAUACUUGAUCGGGAAUGCAGUAAUGGCCAUGUCUGCUGUUGGAAAAUGGAGCGUAUUCCAGAACUCUGCCUCCUACGACGAAGCGUCUGGUUUUUACGAUUACGUCCCGGAAUUCUGGGGGCCUAUUCUGGCUCUGCAUCUUAUUGCUCUGGGAACGGGUGGUAUCAAGCCCUGUGUCUCCAGCUUUGGGGGAGACCAGUUUAAAGUUACCGAGGGCUUGCAACUACAACGUUUCUUUUCAAUGUUUUACUUUUCUAUCAACGCUGGAAGUGUUAUUGCCACUGCUAUUACUCCUGAACUUCGAGGUAUGAGUUGUUUGGGGGAGGACACGUGUUACCCCCUUGCGUUUGGAGUUCCAGCAUUCUUCAUGGUUAUUGCCACUGUAGCCUUCCUAAUUGCCAGUCGGUGGUACGUAAAAAUUCCACCACUUGGAAAUCCUAUCAUCGAUGUUUCCAAAGUCACAUGGGCCAUGUUCUUUGGAAAAGAGUCACCGGUGAAAUUGUAUGGGGCAAAGAAAGUAGAAGAGACGAAACAAUUAGGACGAGUGCUAGCUGUUUUCGUUCCAUUUCCACUAUUCUGGGCUCUGUUCGAUCAACAAAGCAGUCGCUGGGUUAUGCAGGCGGACAGAAUGAAUGGGAAAAUUGGCUCGUUUGAGAUAAAGCCUGACCAGAUGCAAGUGAUCAACCCUGCAUUUGUUAUGUGUCUCAUACCCUUCUUCGAGAUAGUAGUCUAUCCUCUUAUGAAGAAAAUUGGUAUUCCCACAAGCCCAGCAUUCAGAAUAGUUGUGGGAAUGUUCUUCGCUGCUAUAGCCUUCAUUGUGUGCGGAUUUGUUGAGUUAGCUAUGGAGAAACGUGUAUCCAGUUGGAACAUUGUACACCCAGACGACAUCAGAAUACUGAGCACCAUGGACAAGGAGCACCAACUUCACGUUCUCACCAUGAUACCCCAGAUUUUCCUAAUCACCUGUGCGGAGAUUCUCUGUUCUAUAACCGUCAUAGAGUUUGCCUAUGCUUAUGCUCCACCUUCUAUGAAGUCAGUAUGUCAGUCAAUGAUGCUCAUAACAUCAUCAUUCGGCAACCUUGUCGUUGUCAUCUUCACCAAAGUGACCAAAAGAGAUCUGUAUCAGUACUUUAUGUGGGCGGGUAUCCAGAUAUUUGCUUCUGUUCUCAUGUAUCUCAUCUGUCGUCGAGUCCAGGCACCAUUGGACGAGUACAAGAAAAGGACUUUGGAGGGCGAUGCGGUGGAGAUGACGAACACGCAGGAUAAACGUGAAGCUUCUUAGGCAUUUGAAGAUUGACAAGUCUAACAAAUGACUAAUAGAACUAAUUGAACCGAUUGAUGUUAUACUCUGUGAUAAAGAUUGCGACAUAUUGGUAAUGCACUUAUCUAUGAGUUUCAAUUUAAUGCAAUUUUAGAAAAAUCGGGCGAUUCUUCAGAAUAUAAGAAUAUGAGAUUUGUUUCGAGCAGGGCUCAUGUAUAUUAUAAAAUUGUAUAUUUUUGGCUUGAUUGCAUUAAGAAACUUUUCUUUUUUUACAUAAAUUAAUCGGGACUCACCCGAGGUCUAAAAUGGAAUUGGAUUCAUUUGGUAAUUGGUUAAAUUGAUGAAGCUAGAUGCUUACGCAUGAUUACAAGUACACAGUAGAGAUAUACAGUACACAAUGUUCGAGUAUUCGAAGGCGGCUGUUACGCGCUUAAAUUACGAUCUGUUUAACAGUAAAAUAAACUAAAAAACAAGUCUAGUUGGCUCAUCAUUUAAUAUUGAUCAUUCGUCACCCUUAAUCGAUUAUUCGAGAGUCGAGACAAUACUCAGAGAACAUAAAACGCUUUUGGCCGAAGUUCGAGCGAAUGAAGAAUUGCAAACAAAUGAUUGAAGAAUUAAGGAAUGUCUAAGGGCGCAGACUGCAUGAGAUGCUUUAAGUUUAAUGCAGGUCACUACCAUAUGAAAUAUGAUCAUAUCAAUGGGUUGCCCUUUUAUCUACCAAUUAAUAAUUAUUCCAGAACCGUUAUUGCAAAAUGUGAAUUCUGAAACUACAAAAUGUUUGAAUUGGUUGGGCCUUACCGUCGAUAUUCUGGAUUAAAAUGUUGUAUGUAUGCUAAAGAAUAUACUUUUAUUGGACAGCACUUAUAUUGUAAAAUGACGUCAGGGCUACUAAGAUGAAAUCGAACUUACCUUGAAUGCUUCUUAUCAGUCAUCAUUGAAGAUUCAGAUUUGAUAAUGACCAGUAACAUAAUACUUCAAUUGUGAUUAAAUAAUUGAUUCAUUUUUACACUGUCUAUUAUACAUGGUAACCGGUAAUUUAAUUUCCACGUUUUAGCAAUAAUAUUUUUUUGCAGUUUUGGGUACCGCCAUUGACACCUACCUAUGUGUAUCUGUUACGACGAUUAAAGGUAUUGCAAAUAUAAUAAGGGUCAAAUAGACAUUACUAUUUUCUAUCUAUUGCUGUUUGUAUUAUAAUUUUGAGUAAACAUUAAUCGAGUAAACCGCUCGAUUCCCAAUCA